AUGACAAGCCACCCCACCCAUCCCGCGCACCGCCUCCUCUCCCGCGCCCACUCCCCAACCACUGCCCAAACCCUCUUCACCGAUCGCGUCAAGAACAAACCCCUGAUCCUCCGCCGCCCUCGAGCGGCUCCGCAAGAAAGAGUACUUCCUGCGCAAGCAGAAACCGCGACCGCUGUCGGCGAAGGAGAAGCGCAUCUCGGGCGGUUGAAUCGCGUGUGGAGGGGGUAUGUGAGGGAAGUUCUUGGGCUAGAUGGGACUGCGGGAGGGAAUAAUAACAUCAAGGUGGUGUCGGCGCAGCAUCAUGGUGCGUUGUUGGCGAGUCUGGACUACCAUGGCGCGGAGAUUGAGGUGGUGAGGUGUGCAUGUGUGGGGCGGGUUGGGACCAGGGGGAUCGUGGUGCGGGAUACCAAGUUUACGUUUGUGGUCGUUACGAGGGCGGAUGAGGUCAGGACAAUACCUAAAAGGGAUGCCAUCUUUCGGUUCGAGGUGCCCGUGCCUGAGGGUGAGGAAGAAGGGACAUCUCCCGAGAAGGAAACCAGGCCACCCCAGCAGCCCCUGGUAUUUGAGCUGCAUGGCAACCAAUUCGAGAUGAGAGCUGCCGACAGGGCAAACAAGAAGUUCAAAUGGAAGAGCAUGGAGUAUCUUUGA